AUGGCCUUCAAACAGCCUUUCCCCGUAGAAUUGUGUAUACAUGGUAUAAACGAGAGUGGUGCCUACACCUCGUGCCUGGGUCAAGCGUCAGAGGGUAGACAUGUUGGGCGCGCGCUGUUUUGGCGUUGCCGGCAUUUAGAGGGCCAGAGCGACGAGAGCAGCAGCGGCAAUGGCCAUGGCGCCGGACUGGAGGCGGAGAGCACCAGCGGUAGGGAUCACAGGGACGCCGGUGGUGAUCGUGGGCACGACACCGGUCGGGUGGACAGCGGUGGCGUUGCCGGCGGGCUUGGUGGCGGACGAGACGACACUAGACGCGGAAGAGACGGUGGUGACGGCAGCGCUGGUGGUGGUGCUGGUGAUGGUGCUGCUACGCAGAGGGCAGUCGGUGAAGGUGGAAUGGCACUGGGUGACGGUGACGACCUGCUUGGUGGUCGAGGUGACGAACUGAGUCGUGGUCGAGUCCUGCGCGACGGCGAGGGCGGCAAAGAGAGCGACGGGAGUAGCGAAGCGCAUUGUGACGGUUUGGUAGUGAGUUCUUGUUGGAAAGCGACGGGGAACAAGUUUGCUAGCGCGGCGAUCUGA